AAUCCGGACCAACCUGCAACCCGUUCUUCUGGAUUGUAGUUUUAAAAGCACGCUAGCUACCUCGGUCCCGCUAAUGGAAACGCUGGUUUCCGUUAGCGGGACCGAGGUCACACGUGUUCCCAGCAGGUGCGUGAUUAAACGCUUCAGUAAAAACGAAACACAAGAGCUGCUGGUUCCGUUCAUCCUGAAGUAAAAGCAGCGAGACUGAAGUUUUGGCUUUUGGCCGUUUAAUUCAACACUCGUUUUCUCCAUCCUGCUAAGCGAAUUAAACUCUUAUUGUGAAAAGGUGCAUCAUAUUUUUCACGUUGCCACAUGUCAAGUCUUUUAUUUUUUAAUUUUGGAGGCGGUGAAACCAGUUUUCUCCACCUGUGUGGUCACGUGAUCACCUUUAGAUCCUGUAGAGGAUUUGUUUACAUUUGAAAUGGCAGCCAGCCUUCCCUGGACUCUGCUACUAAUUACCACAACCGUUAAGUUAACUUUUCUCGUGUGUUGUUUCUGAAGCAGCUUCUGUUUGUUUCUAAUAAUAUCAUGUUUCUAAGGCCCCCGCGCUGCUAAUUGACUCUUAAAGCUUUACUUAGAGCAACGAGACACAUCUGCUGGGAUCAGGAGGCGAUACUCCAGAGUCCUCACUGUCUCAGGUUUUACUUCAGCUUCACAUUCUGUGUUUUGAUAUAUUUAUUUAAGUUUUAUUAUUUUGGUGUGUAUUACAGCGUACUAGAUUUUAAAGUGAUACAUUAAUGAAACUAAUGAAACUUAGAAUUUUUUAUUAAUUUAUAUGAACUUCCUUUUCUUCUUCUGAGUAUUUACAGUGUUUCCAUUUGGAGGAAUAAAAUGUGAAGAUUAGAAGUAAAGGAAAUACAUUUUACCACAGUAACACAAUCUGAGUAACGGGGAAAAAUGUAAAAUUCACAUUCAUGUAAUAUGAAUUUAAAGAGCAAGUCAUCAAAUCAACUUUUUUUCCUGAUAAACUAUAUAAAUGUGUGUCUAAUCGUGCUGCAGACACGUGUCGUCAGUAGUUUUGUACUUUAGUGCAUUUUAGUUAAAAUUUUAAUUUUCUGCCUAAAACUGUCAGUGUUGUGCCGUUGUCAGGUAAAAACUCGGCACUGCAUUUGAAUUUAAAUCUGCCAUCGCUAUUGGCUAAGAGGUACCCUAGAACGUUAGCUGGUACCAUAUGAUGUCACAAUGUCGUUGUGAGCCUGUGUGUGUUAGCGGCUCCGCCCUCUCAGUCUGUUAGGCAACAGCAUUUGUUGCAUUUUUCAAACAGGAAGUGGAGUAAUACUCUGGUAGGGGGUGACUUGCUCUUUAAAAAAACAACAAAAAAUACAGAAAAUCAGAAGAAAAACAUGUACUUGUUUUCACAUAGAAAAAAAAACAUAAAGCGACAUUUUAUUAGAUUUUGUGUCUCGGUUGUUUGUGUCACUUUUAUAUUUUUGUGUAUAUUAGUGCAAAAAUAUAAAAGUACACGAUUAUACAUAAACAUUUCUGAAAUUUUGUCCCACAAGUGCUUGAAUUUAUUUCACAACCUUAUUUUUUAUUGUACAUUUUAAUCUUCAUAUACAAAUCUUCAAGCUAAAUAAAGGCCAGUUAUAAAAUAAAGUCUAAAUAUUUAAAUUCACAGAUGAGUUUGUUGCAUCAGUAUUCUUCUGCAGAUGUUUCAGCACAAUUUCAGCUGAUUUAAUUGUAAGAAUAAUACUUGUUAUGAGCAAAUAUGGUAAAGAAGUCCUUUAGAAAAUACAAAAUAGAAACAGCACCAUCUGAAGGCAUCUGGAUGAAACAUCAGUUACUUUUCAACCCUCCCCCACCCAUGACACAAAUGAAAGUGAAAGAUUGAAACGCUGUGUGGAUCAGACGAAGCAACACCAUGAGGAGACUAGUACGUUAUUGAGUUUUUUUAUAUUUUUCUACAAGAAGAAAUGGCCGAGAAACUCGCUCUUGUUGAAGAUUAUCUGAGCUGCUUCGUUUGUUCAGAGACUUUCAGAGAUCCUGUGUCUCUGAGCUGCAACCACAGCUUCUGUUCAAGCUGCCUGCAGAAGUUCUGGAAACAAGCUAACAACAGAAACUGUCCUGUUUGUAAAAGAAGGUCUUCUAAGGACAUCGUAGUGAAUUUUGGACUGAAGCAACUUGCUGACUCUUUUGCUGGGAGGCAGAAAUCUGGAUCAUCUGAGACAGAAAAAGGAGAGAAGACGUUGCAGGUGGUGUGCAGCAAACAUCAGGAAGAGCCUAAACUGUUCUGUGAAGACGAGCAGAGAGCUGUGUGUCCUGUCUGUGACUUUUCUCUCCACCAGAGUCACAAAGUGGUUCCUGUAGAACAAGCAGUCCGUGAGCUGAAGGAGCAGCUGGAAUCGGACUUAAAGUCUCUGCAGGACAAGAGGAACAAAUACAAACAAGUGGAGGAAACAUACGAUGAUGUGAUUCAACACUCCAAGAAGCAGCUGGUGUCCACAGAGAGACAGAUCAGAGCAGAGUUCAACAAGCUCCACCAGUUCCUGAAAGAGGAAGAGGAGUCCAGACUGGCAGCUCUGAGGGAGGAAGAGGAGCAGAAGGAGAAGACUAUCAGCAGAGAGAUGAAGAGGAUUCAGCAGCAGAUCUCCUCUCUGUCAGACAGCAUCUCUGCUGUUGAAGACCAGCUGCAGAAAGACAACGUGGCGUUCCUCAGCAGCUAUAAAGACACUCGGACCAGAACCAGAACCCAGAGCUCAGUGUCAGAUCCACAGCUGGUCUCAGGAGCUCUGAUAGAUGUGGCCAAACACCUGGGCAACCUGUCCUUCAGAGUCUGGGAGAAGAUGAAGGACAAGGUCCACUUCAGUCCUGUCACCCUGGACCCAAACACUGCCCACCCCGGGCUCUAUGUGUCUGAUGAUCUGACCCGUGUGAGACAUGGAGACACAUGGCAGCAGCUUCCUGAUAAUCCAGAGAGAAACACUAAGUAUACAAAUGUUUUUGGUUCUGAGGGCUUCAGCUCAGGGAGACACAGCUGGGAGGUGGAGGUGGGAGAUCAUCCUUUCUGGAGUGUUGGUUUGGUUAAAGAGACAGUGGACAGGAAGGGAGGGCUAAAAGCUUUACCAGAAUAUGGGAUCUGGUGUUUAUGGCAUGUUGGUGGAAAAUACGUUAAUGGUUCUGGUCAGAUCAUCUCAGUGAAGAAGAAUCUCCAGAGGAUCAGAGUCCAGCUGGACUACGACAGAGGGGACGUGUCCUUCUACGACUCUGAAGACAUGUCUCACCUCUGCACUCACAGAGACACUUUCACUGAGAAACUUUUCCCUUUUUUCCGUGUUUUUCCAGCUGGAGCUGCUAAAACCUCUGAGCUCAAAAUCUGUAAAACGGAGAUGAUGGUGAUGUCCGACUGAUUGUUUUUAGAUAUUCUGAAGUGAUUAUUUAUUUCUACAGCAGUUUUUCUUUGGUCCUCAUAUUAUAAAAUUUUGUCUUUUAAAGAAAUAAAAAGCAAAAUCCAGUCUUUACAAACUGAAAUCCUUAAACAAAAUCAAUGUUUUUAUUUUUGAGAAAAAGCAUAAAUGUAAUUUUCACAACACAAAACAUGAAUUUUGAUCCAAAUUGAAAUCAAAACCAUGAUUUAUGGAUAAUUUCUAAUGUUUUGAUCAUUUUUAUUUCUGCUGAUUCCAACUUUGUAAUCCUGAAUGUAAAAAUAAAAUGUUUUACAGCUGAUCCA